AACGUGCGAGCGGCUUUAUCCGCGUGGUAAGGGGAGAUUGCGGAAGCCGACUGCCAGGAGUGCUGCGUACACAGUCGAACUGCCUGCUGCCGUCGCGCGUGCCCCAUUGUGUGUGCGCUCCUCGGACUGGCAGUUCGCGUCGUGUGCCAGGCAGUUGGUGACUCUCCGCGUCUAUCGUCGCUCUAUCAUUGUCGUCGAUUGUGUGCGGAUGCCCGCGCGCGGAUAAGGAAGAGCCUCGGAGACAUUGCAGUCAUGGCUUCGGCUGCCGCGGCACUCUUGGCCGCUGUCUGGGCGCUGGUCACGCAGCUCUGCCGGCGAGGAACGGAAAUAUGGCUGGACCACGGGCUCAUGUAUCUGCUUCGCUACCUGCUGGCCGUGGCACGCUUGACAUACCUGCUACAAAGGAAAGGUCGGCGGUUCGACUAUGUGCAACCAGAAAAAUACGACGACGUUGUCAGCAACUGCGCCAUUUGUGCACCAGAUGAAUGGGCCAAAGAGUGUCCACGUCCAAACCAUGAUUUAGAAAAGGUCGAAGACAGGGUCCUUUUCUACGGCGUGAACUCGGAAGGCUACCGCCUGGUAGUCAGUGUGUCACGCUUUCGCAAUCGCAUGGCCGAGCUAUGGCUCGCCCUCUACUCCUCGGAUGGAGCUCGUUACACGCUGCCAGCUACGCUUACGCUUGAUCGGAGUACGGGGAGCAGCUUCUCGGCAGCUGGUCUCCGUCUGCAGUGCUUGGCUCCCAACCGCCGUUGGCGUGUGGCCUAUAACGGCCUGCUCAGGAAGCAAUCCACCGCCAGAAAUGCGCGAUCAGAAGAAACAGAAGUGCACGUCAAGUUUGGCUUCAUCUGGUCGACAGUGUCGCAUACGCUAGAGCAGCCGGCUCAAUUGUCGCCAUCGCUGCUGGCAGACAGCCUGGCGGAAAUGCCUACGUUGAACAUGCUGCGUCACAUCAACAAGCUGGCUGCUGAAAUGGACCAGUAUGAUCAACCUGGUAUGAUGGCCGGUGAGCUGACCAUAGCAGACCAGACGAGAGAGGUCUUCCUGUGGGGUUGCAAAGUGAGAACGCAAGGUAGCGUCCUCGAUGGCCCCUGCGAGGAAGAGCACCAUUUUGGAUUUCUGGAGAAUGGCGACACGUACCAUUUGGCUCACUCUAACGCCUACGGAGGAAGGAAAGGAGUCUUGUAUGGGUCUAUCUAUUCCCCUUCAUCUAUAAUGCGCCCCAUCGACCAAGGAGUUGUAAAAAGAAAAGGCGGUCCAGGUGAAGGAAACGGUCAAGUGCUUAUAAGAAGUGGUACUGGUGUAUUUCCCGUCAACAUGAAAAGUGUGGAACCAAGCAUGACAUUUAUAAACGAAGAUUGUUUGUCUGAAGUUGACGUAACUGCGGUUGAUCUGAAAUGUGAAGAACACAACGGCUCUGGAUUCCAGAUUUCCGUAAAAAGGCGGGAGAAGAUGCCCCACCGCAUUGAUGAGCAUUUCAAACACAAGUUAUUUGAUGAGCGUGCCUUGAAAAAGGUGGUUCCCCUUGUCUCGGAUAUCCAAGACCAAUGUAGCAAGGUUUCUGACCUGACCGGAGGCAAGGGGUCCUCCCUCGCCAUACUGCACUCCAUCUCUACUCAACUCAAUACGUUUACAGUUCCUCGUGGAUUUGUUGUGACAACAGAGUCCUACAGGCGUUUUGCCUCGAGAGAAGAGUUUCAAACCCUAAUCAAGAAAAUUGAGGAUUCAAGAAAAAGAAACGACAAGCAAACGGAUCUAAAAGAAGCUUGUAACAGUGUCGUUGCUGGAAUUGAAAAGCUCGAAGUACCUGCAGAAAUUGCCGAAGAGAUUUCACAGCGCAUUUCAAAAUUUAAUGUAGACACGAGGUUUGCUGUGAGAUCGUCGGCACUAGGAGAAGAUUCUGAAGACAUGUCAGCAGCCGGUCAGAUGACAACAUUGCUUGGCCUACGGGGCCAAGAAAAGGUAAUCAGCGGUGUGGUGAAGUGUUGGGCUUCACAGUUCAGUUUCACAAACGUCAACUACAAGAGGCAGUAUGGACAACCUUUGAACGUACCAAUGGCAGUAGUUGUGCAAGAAUUGGUCGAUGCAAAUGCUGCCGGAGUGAUGUUCACCUGUGAUCCGCUCACUGGUAGCCCAGCGCUAAUCACCGUUACAGCUAACUACGGGCUCGGAGAGUCAGUGGUCUCGGCGACAGCGGAACCCGACACUUUCGUCCUCAAAAGGGCAGGUUUGAGCAGGCCUGCGGUCAUGUCAACUCAAUUGGGCCACAAGUCGGUCUACACGACAUCCUCUGACAGUGACGGCGUGGUGACGGCGCCGGUCAGUGACGAAAAGGCUCGCAGUGCGUGCAUGUCAAAUGAAGAUGUUGAGACUUUGGCCUUCAUUGGCAUGCAGAUUGAGAAAACUUACACCACACCACAAGAUAUCGAGUGGGCGAUCAGCAAUGGGCGUUUCUUUAUGCUACAGUGUCGACCGGUGACAACGUUCUUCAGGGAGUCGGACUGCGAGAUGAUACACGAAUUCGACAACGGCCUUAAAUGCGAGAAGGAAGUACUCUGCAAGGCAAACAUGGCAGAAGUGCUUCCCGGAGCAACGUCUCCACUAAGUUUCUCCUUUAUUCGUGUUGGCAUCGACACAUAUUGCAAGGACUUGUGCAUUCGUUUGGUGCAAGCCUAUGAGCCUGACCCAACGCAAUACCAUUCCUUGUGGAUGCCUUUGCAACGUUACAACUAUUUCAUGUGGCUCUCUGACGGACAAAGGAAAACAGGUCCAGGGUCCACCCUCCUCGACAAAUCACUAAUGUACAGUAUCAUGGGGCGGGACGUUAGCACCGAAGUGGACGCUGGCGUGCAGAGAGUAAGGCAGAUGAACAAAAAAAGGCUACCGGAGCAGAUACUCUUCACCACGAAGCUCAUGCUUUCCGGUGCUCAAGGUUUGGAUAAAGUUGCAGCUAAAGCUGCGGAACUGCAGUUGUCAGCUGACGGAAUGAUCACUGCGGAGCAAAUAUACGAAUACAUCGGUUGCAACUUGCACCACAUGCGAGAGCCCGCCACGCUCUUAGUAAAGGCAUUUGCAGCAUCAUCGAUGUACAACCUCAUUAUUAUACAGGUACUAGCAACCGCCAGUGGAGAACUGAACAAUGAAGUCUUCAGCGAGCUGUCAAAGAUUCUUCUAGGAGGAGAUGUCGAAAGUGCUGGUGUUCCUCGAAUGAUUCAGGAACUAGGCUCCUUAUUGAGAGACUCCCCGGACAAGGAACGCUUCCUCAAUAUGAGCACUGAGGAAGCAUCGGAGUGGUUGUCGAGUGCAGAGAACACCUGCGGUGAGAAGUUUCGAGAAUUCAUCAAGAAGCACGGCCAUCGAGCAGUAAAGGAGUUUGAUGUGUACACAAAACCAUGGUCGCUGGAUCCGUCAUCACUGGUCAAGUCUCUAAAGGCUGCCGCAAAGGCUCCCCUGACUGGAAACAAAAAGGAGCUGCCUCCAUGGGACGCAUGCAAAUGCGCAUUCCAGCUAUCGGCUCUCCAAAGAUUCAUUUUGAAGCUGGUCGUUCCAAGAGCACGAAAUGCUGUUGCAGCACGUGAAACCGGGAAGUCUGCGCUAGUUCGCGUCAUCCACCAACUCCGACUGAUGUGCCACCAGUUGGCGCGCCGCAUGGUGCACGAGGGCAGACUUCCUUCGCCGGAUCUACUCUUCUUCCUGAGCUACGAAGAGAUCGGCAUCUUGCUCCGUACGAGGGCCCCAGAGCUGGUUCUGAAAGCUCAGCGGCGACAGAAACUUUAUGAACAGUUGGAUAAGGACAAGUAUCCCACAAUUCUAAUUGGAGUGCCAAAGCCCAUUGAAAGAGUCAGGAAACGCGUUGAAGGAGACUUCGAAAUCAAAGGAAACCCGAUGUCUCAGGGUGUCGCCGAGGGCAAAGCUCGAGUGGUGCCGACGUUCGAAGAAGCCCAUUUAAUAGAGAAGGGUGAAAUACUCAUCACAACAGCGACGGACACUGGUUGGACACCGUACUUUCCUCUGCUAGCUGGGGUCGUGACGGAAAUAGGAGGCCCACUGUCACAUGGUGCUGUCGUCGCACGCGAGUACGGUCUACCCUGUGUAGUUGGUAUCGAAGGUGUCACCACGAUGCUCGCGUCUGGUGAUUAUGUGCAGCUCGAUGGCAACACUGGUGUUCUCCGAAGAAUCGCGGCUCCGGUUGCUGACGAAGACUGAAAGACUUCUUUACAGGAUCCAUCUGUAAAAAAGCAUAACUUUACGGAGUGCCCGCGGAAUGUAUUUACACAUAUUAGAAUUAAAGGUCGCAGACACAUAAAGCUAGCCUUCACGUUAGAAAAAAUUGCAGGCGUCAAAGGUUCAAGAGAACGCGUUUGUAUAGAACACUUUGUUCACAAUGCACAUGCAUAGUCUUUAAUUGACCAAACACAGUUUUUAUUAUUUUUAUUAUGCUUUUAAAUAUUUUUACAAGUGAUCUUAAUGUUACACGUCUCAGGUAAUUUUUUUGACUUGAUAGUGCUUUUUUAUUGCCGUGAAUAAAAUAUUGUGGUAAGUGAGCACUGCGUCCGAUGUUUUUGCGUUUGCAU